AUAACGGCUGGGGGAUCCGGGCAAAUAAUAUGGCUAAAAAGAAGCGGGAGAAUCUGGGCGUCGCUCUAGAGAUUGAUGGGCUGGAGGAGAAGCUGUCACAAUGUCAGAGGGACCUAGAGGCUGUGAACUCCAGGCUCUGUGGGGCGGAGCUGAGCCCAGACGCCAGGAAGUCUCUGGAGAAGGAGAGAAACAGCCUGAUGAACAAAGCCUCCAACUAUGAAAAGGAACUAAAGUUGCUUCGGCAGGAGAACCGGAAGAACAUGCUGCUCUCCGUGGCCAUCUUCAUCCUUCUGAGCCUCAUCUAUGCCUACUGGGCCAUGUGAGCCUGAGAUUUCUCCAGAGUCUGCAACCUGGUCACAACUAAGCAGGCCCUUCAGGCCUCAAGAGGACCAAGGUACAGGGACAUUUCUGCCCCACACAGAUACUACAGCAGGGCUUCCUGUUGGCUCAGCCCGUUCAGCCUCCCGGUCCUGCUGUGGGGCCUGGGUCUCCAGGACUUUGUGCUGGCUCCUCCUCUAGCCCAAGGGAGAAGCAAUAAAGAACACCCAGGAUGCACCUGUCUGCUAGUCAAUGUCAUGGUGCGACUGCAGCUUGGGGUGGGGGGCGGGGGGCACUCAGGAAUCAAGGAAGAGAUGUUAAGGGAAAGCUCUUAGCUUAGAACUCAGAGAGGAGAAGCAGGGCUGUGAAGGUGAGCCCCUAGCUUAAGUGGGGAAUAAGGAGACAGCAGAAAGCACCCUCCAAGUCAGAACUACACUGGGAGCCAUUUCUAGGG